ACUUUCAUAACAAAAAAUAUCUGCACUUACGAUUAAACUACAUUCCACUUAUUGAUGAUAAUCGAGAAGUAGUUGAUGAUGGCCGAGGAGAAAGAGGAUAGAAUUUCGAAACUGCCUAAGGAAAUCAUUCAUCAUAUACUGUCGUUUCUUCCCACUGAAGAUGUCGUUCAUACUUGCCUCCUUUCCAAAUAUUGGAAAUUCAUGUGGUAUUCAGUCCCUAAACUCUAUUUCACUACUAAAACGAACCGUUUUAGAGUCCAAGAGGGACUACAAAAGUUUUAUAAUUAUGUCGAUAAUUGUUUGGAACAUCGCAACAGAGGUAUUUAUUUUCUUGUCUAUGGUUCCAACAUAACCAGUUUUAAGGUUUGGAUGAAUUCCUAUGAAAGAAGUGAGUCUGGUCGUGUAGAUAAAUGGUUAGCUUUCGCAGUUAAGAAUAAAGCUAAUGAAAUAAAUCUUCGCCUAGACAAGGACAAAGAUUUGUAUGGUCAACUUCAUUACUACCGUUUACCUAAAACAUUAGUAGUCAACGCAAAAUAUUUGACUACUUUAAGGUUGAGUAGAGUGGAGUUAGAUUCUCCUUACUCGUUUAAUUUUCCAUCUUUGAAAUCAUUGUCAUUGAAUUUUGUUCAAAUUAAACAUCAUGAUGUGGUAAAUAAGUUGUUGUUGGGUUCUCCAUCACUUGAAGAAUUAAGAAUGGUUUAUUGUUAUCUAAGCACUAAUUAUGAGCUUAGAAUACUUAGUUCAAGCCUCAAGUACUUGGAAAUUACACUCACUGAUCAGAUUAGGUUUAUAGUAAAGAAAAUAAUGAUUGAAGCCAUAAAUCUUGAGUGUUUGGAAUUAAAUGGUGUUUGCUUUGAAAAAUUAGACUUGUCACAAUGCAAGGCAAUUACAUAUCUCUCUUUAACUUGCGAUUGGGGUUUAUCGGAAGAGUCAUCGUCGUUUGAAUCACUCAUUUCGAACCUUCCUCUCCUUGAAAAUUUGAGUUUGUGCAACGAACUUGGAUUGAAUUUGAAUCGCAUUUCAAUUUCGAGUCAAACUUUAAAAAAUUUGAACUUGAAUAAUUAUAAUUAUUGUGAUGAAUUGGUGACUGUUAUAAUUAAAUCAGCUCCAAAAUUAUCAUCAUUUUUUUAUCAAGGUGAUGUGAAUGUUAGUAUAUUAAUGGACUCAUCAUCACAUAAUUCUUUGCAUGGAACAUUCUGUAUUUGCAAUUAUCUUCUUAAAUAUGAGCCCAUUUGGUUUAUCAAGUUGAUGAAUUUUCUUUUGAAUAUUAAUUGCUGUUGGAGCAUGCUAACCCUUAAGAUCAGAACAGAGAAGGCUCUCAUCAUUCCGGAAGACUUGAAGAGGAUCUGUCGUUCUCCUUUAGUUAAUUGGGAGCAUCUUAAAGUUAUUAUUAUCACUAAACUGGAUCGAGAAUUAGAUUUGAGAGAUACUAUACGAUGGAUUUCUCCUUCUUUGAAGACAUUAUCUAUAGUGGGAGGGACAGAAAAAGCUUUUUAAUGUUUUCCUUUCACAUCUAUACUUAGUAAUAAUGGGAUUUUGCAAUGUGAUAAUGAGGAGUAGAUGGGGACCCUAUAAACUUGAAUUUAUUUUCUCAUUUUGAUUCAAUUUUUUCUUUUUUACAAAUCUAGAAAACUUGACCAAGAUUGAGGAUUUAUUCUUUGAUUUUACUUAUAUUUUAGUAAAAAU